GCCAUUGUCCAGGUGCAAAAGGCUUCAUGUGAAGGAGCCACUGAUAUUACCAUCACUGUCUAUCAUGUUAUUGUUGUGGGUGUUUGCGCAUGAUGUGGAAAUAUCAGUCCAAGGGCCUCUUUUGUUAAGAGUGAAUGCGAUUUUACUUUCGCCUCUCUCUUUUUCCCCUCCUCUCGUUGGUUCCUUACACCUUACAAAUCUUCGCUGCAAACGCCUCAGAAACCAUACCGCCGCCUACUCAAGACCGCACAUUUCAUACAGACGCAAGACGCCGACCACACUCAACCAUGUCCAGGGCCGCAACCUCCGCGCAUGAUGCGCUGGAGGACACAUCGAUCAAAUUCCAAGAGACGACGCGCGACGCGCUCCAGGCUGUGAGGCAGUCGGGCCCCAUCCAGCGCUACCUAAUGCCGACGGUUGACUACAUUCGGGACAAGUACAGACGGUCGCCCACGGUGGUCAAGAUCGUGCUCAUGACCUUUGCGGCCCUUAGCGCGAUCCCGUUGGCGUGUUUUGUCGGGUUCAUGGGCGUCGUUACCCUAGGCUGUUUGAUCGUCGGAGGUAUCGCGUUCACGAUCGUCGAGGUGAGCAAUUUCUCCUUGUUUUCCCAACAUGUCGCCUCUUGAUUUUUUUUUUUUUUUUUUGAAUUCUACUGCCGUCGCAUGUCAGAUCUCUUCUCUACCUUGUCUCUUUGAUUUUCAUCGUUUUCCUUCUUGUUUGUACUCUUUUGUUACCUCAAUUCUUGCC